CGCGAGGGCAGACAGGAGCGGACGGUCGGUGAGGAAGGAACCUUGCAGAUCGAGAGAGCAAGACUGGGCCUGGAAAUUAGCAGAGGAGCUCAAUGGCGUCCACCGCCUACUCGUCACAAUUUCAGAGACAGGAGAGGAGGACAGUUGGUCAGCCGUCGUAUGGCGGCGAUCGGUCAACUAAGCAGGCCAACUGGGAUGACCACUUGGACGGCCUGCUGACUGACCUGAAGCAGUCGCUGCCGCCGGGCAGAGGGCCGUCCCCUCAGAGCGCCACCAGAACCCCUCUACCUCCCUCUGCUGACCUGUCGGUCCCGACUGACCUGCCUGGCUCGGAGGACUACCACGAGAGGCGGGAGUAUACCAGCCCCGACCAGAGGACCCAUACUAUCGAGGAGCGCAGCGGCAGGACAGAGAGGAUUGACGGAGGGAGUCGCGUGGUGUCCCAGAGGACGGUGAGAUCACAGUCCAGCAGUCGCACUGCAGAGAGGUGCACCGUCUCACCGGAGCCCGGGCCAAUGCUCACGGAUAGGGUGGACAGCUUGAACAGUGGUUUUAUGAACAGAAGUGAAACAACCGUGAAAAACUCAUCACCCGGGAUGUACGAAGUGAAUAGCUCUCCGCCGCCACUGACCGUCCCCACCACGGACGGCCCGCCAGUACCGGUACCGGGUACUCAGAGCCGCGUCACGCGGUACGAGUACCGUACCUCCCAGCGGUCCGUCAGUCCCGCCCCGCCCCGCCACCAGGCGCCCUCACCCCUACCACCGCCCGGUCCCGUUCUUCACGACGUCUCCACCGCCACUACCGAACCUCCACCGGCUGCCACCACCAUCAACUACCACAUCUACAACUACGGCAGCGAGGUGACGACCGACAGCGGAGUGGGAACCCUGGAGAGGGGAAGCGACAGACGCUGGGGGCAGGAUAGCCUCGACCGCAGCCUCGGCGGGAGGUCGACCCUCCCCGGAGAGCCCGCGGAGAGGCUAUACACUCGAUCGGUGACCACAGAGGUGGAGAAGACCGCCUCUCGGGAUGGACCCGCCGCGGAGGGGGUCAUGACGUCACUAUCCGGUCAGCAGAGGGCCGACGGUGGACUGACCCGCUUCCCCGUGGACUCUGUGGGCACGGUGGAUCGGUGUGUCCACAGUGGACAGACUUCCGUGCGCGUGCCGUCGGAACCGCAGGACGGCACUUAUCCGAAGGGUCCCCGUCGGCGUGACCUGGGGUCAGGUCAGGUCACUGAGGUCAAAUCUGUUCAGGUGGUGUCCGAGCCCUCUGAGUCAGUCUCAGACGCUGGUGUGACUCAGCCGAGUCAGAGUCAGGCCAAGGUGGCUCCCGGAGUCUAUUAUCCGCCUUCCGAUCGUCUGAAUUGCGAGAGUAAGUUCCACUCCAAGGAAAAGAGCAAGGAGGGCAACAAGAAGAGCUACUUCGAGGCCAGCGGAAAGUACAAGGCCAGCGGAGGAUCCAAACAGAAGGAAGACAAGGGCGGUAAAACGAUCCCCAUCUGUUUGCCCUGCUGCGCCGGGGCUGCCUGUGUCAUUAUGUAACUAGUGACAUCUGGUGGAGACCGAGAGAACUACUGCAUGUGCAGUGCUGACCUGAGCAAGGGUUGCCAGGGAGAUCAUGUAACUAGUGACGCCUGGUGGUGGCCAUGCGAACUACAAUAGCCCUGACUUUUUCGGGAGCUUUCUGUAAGAUCAUGCAACUGGCGACCUCUUCUUGUGACCUUGCCCGGCUAGGUAAGAUCAGUCUGUGGCAUUACGUAACAGUGACAUCUGUUGGUGACCUGAAGUACUAAGUAACCGGAAAAGAUGUGCCUUCGCAAUCUAUUGUUGGCGAGGGAACGCCUGGCUUGUCAGUUUGAUCGUUGUAACUUGCCGACCAGGGCCCUGUUUCACCGGUGAUAGCAGCACGCUGCUAUUCUCUUUCGCGAGCUGACGUCACACUUCUGGUAGUGUUGGAGGAAUAGGCUUGUUGACGUCUCCAUGGAAACCCAAUUUGACACGUGUUAUAGCAGCGUGCUACUAUCACCGGUGAAACAGGGCCCUGAGGUCAGGUCAGGUCAAACCUGCAGUGUGUGUGAUGGUGGUUGAUAACGUGCAACUGAGUUUCUUGGUGAGUUGUGAUACGUCUUCUUGAUGUGGGAGACGAUCGCUAAUGCGCGUUGCAGUCCUAUAUCCAAUUCAACAUUCAUUGAAGAGAGAGACCCGUUCUUAGGUCAAUAAUUUCGUAGUCACCAAAAAAAGGCAGCGCGAGUGCCACUGUUGAAGUAAAAAAGUGCGGUAACGCAAUAAAAAAAUUAACUCAAUGGUGCUUUUACCGUGUCAAUGCGUAAAUACAAAUUAACAAGGAAUGUACGUACAAAUGUAUUCUAUUGCGUGGCACUGACACGCAACAAGCAUGUUAUGACAACCGAUGCAUCGGUUGUCAUAACAUCAUCGCUUUGGUGCCUAGCGAUGGUGCUACGCUCAUCGCGAGUUGUGCCAGCGGAACAUCAUCGCGAUGAGCGUAGUGGCUUGUCAUCGCUUUGGUGCCUAGCACCGGCAGUGCGUUACAGUGUGCUAAGACCCUAGUCAGUGAACAAGUGUGUUUGUUGCAACUUGUAAAACGAUGAACAUAGUCACUAGA